UUUUUGUUCCGUGAACUAUCAGGUGAACUUGAAGAUGAGUCCGCCAUGUUUGUUUUGACUUGCAUACGAAGGUCUAUGUUGACGUUCAGUUUUGUUCUUUUUGUGGUAUUAGGAUGUUUAGUUUCGCUUUCAAACCAGUGUAGCAAUAAUAAGGACUGUAAAAAUGGCUACUGUACAGCGGGUAUGUGUAUUUGCAAUCCAGGAUGGUGGGGAAAUCUUUGCCAGUUUUGUCGCCUUAGACUGGACCAAGAUAGUGGAAUAAUUACGGAUGGAGAUGGUAAAUAUGCUAGUGCAUCAAAAUGCUCAUGGCUAAUAGAAUCCAAAAAGCCAAAUAGCACUAUUCAUUUGAAUUUUGAAGAAGUUUCAACAGAGUGCAUUUGGGAUAAUUUGUAUAUUUAUGAUGGAAAGUCUGUUGAAAGUCCUUUAAUAGCGGUUAUAAGUGGGGUCAUUAGAGAUGCAUCGAAAGACAGAUAUUCUGAUGGUCCUGUGCUGAAGUUUGAAGCCAAAUCAGGGGCGGCCUUUCUCUACUUUUACAGUGAUAAAUACUAUGUCGAGAAUGGACUCAGGAUUAGAUAUAGUAUCACCAAAGAUUGUUCAGCAAGAUGCAAUUUCCAUGGUCACUGUGAUAAAAAUGACCUGUGUGUCUGUGAUGCAGGAUGGACUGGUUCAAGUUGUAAUAUUCAGACCUGUAUUAGUGAGUGCAUGAAUGGAUAUUGUGAUAACAGCACAAGGCUGUGUGUCUGUGACUCAGGAUUCACUGGUGCCUCUUGCAAUAUAACAGGAGACAAAGGGCACUGGAUACACCAUUCCUCAAGGGGCCAAGACCUAAUUCAAGGCCGAGCAUCUCAUGCUUCUGCUAUACUGGGUGAUUACAUGUGGGUCUUUGGGGGCUAUUCGUUAAACUCAGAGCCAUUUGAGAACCUCGUCAGAUAUCAUAUUCCAAGUGACAGUUGGGAAGUAAUAUCACCUGCUGUCAAUUCAAGCAAAGGUCCAUCAAGGCGUUAUGGUCACUCAAUGAUUGCUUAUAAUUCAACCCUGUAUAUAUUUGGUGGUAGAAUAGAAAAAAAAGCAACCAAUCAACUAUGGUCUUUCGAUACUGAAAAACUAGAGUGGGACUUGGUAAAAACUAGGGGACUUGAUGGUGAUUCUCCUCUCUAUGUUGCUGGGCACACAGCUACUCUGGUUGACUCCACAAUGAUUGUUCUGUUUGGUUUUGGACCCAGUAGAGGCUAUACAGACAGAGUUCAAGAAUAUGACCUAGAGACUGGAAAAUGGAGGAUAUAUUCAAUUCCCUCAGACAUAAUUGCACCAUCAUUUGGACACAGCAGUGUUUAUGAUCCAGUACAGAAGUUAAUCUACAUUUAUGGUGGAAUUGCCUCAACUGUUAAGUCUGAUGAGCUCUCAACUGCACUGACGUCUUAUGAUCCAAAAGCAAGGACAUGGAAAGCUCUUAAGAACAGUGGUGUUCCUCGCUUUCUGCACUCUGCUGUUUUACUGGGUGACCGGAUGCUUGUGUUUGGUGGUAGUUCGCACAAUGGCACAUCACAAAAGCAGUCUGACUUGCCAUGCUUUUCCAUGGACUUUGUUGCAUACAGUUUAACCUGUGAUGAGUGGAAGAGGAUGCCUAAUUUAGGACUUUUAAAAUCUGCUGGACGAUAUGGACACACUGCUGUGCAAGUCAACAGAACCAUGUAUGUCUUUGGAGGAUUUCAAGGAGUUGCUUUUAACGACAUUUUGUCAUUCACUUCAGGACCUUGUGAUUUGAUUAAGGAUAAAGGAACUUGUCAAAUGCACUUUAACUCAUCUGAGUGCAUAUGGAAUGACUCCACCUCUUCAUGUGUUGGGCCAGAGAGUUGUGCACAGCCAAUGAUCACAGUGGAAGAAAAGUGCUCAGCAAUGAAUGGCAGUUGUAGUAGAUGUACAUCCAGUGUACAUGGGUGUUCAUAUUGCAAGGAACAUAUUGCAAGAUGCAUGAAAGGGAAAUGUCCUGAUGGUCAGGAAACCAUUGAUUCUCUAGCUAAGUGUGCUAAAAAGCCAACAACAAACAACAAAUGUGAAGGUUCUAAUUGUAAAGAGAAGUCAUGCCACAAAGUGACGUCUUGCGAAGAAUGCACAUCCACACUAAGUUGUAUGUGGUGUGAGUCACAGAAGCUCUGUAUGGAUAGCAAUGCCUACACCGUGAAUUUCCCUUUUGGCCAGUGCCGUGGCUGGGUCCAAGAAACGUGUUCAACUGUACGCUGUUCUGGCAUGAAGACCUGCGCUGACUGCCAUACCCUACCUGGUUGUGGCUGGUGCGAUGAUGGAUCAGAGACUGGUUUGGGGCAGUGUAUGGACGGAGGAGAUGAUGGCCCUUUCACAAAACCAACAAACUCUUCAUCGAACCAGUGUUUGGCAAAUCGCUGGUACUUUAUGGAGUGUCCAGAUUGCCAGUGUAAUGGACAUAGCAAAUGCAUCAAUAAGAACAUCUGUAAAAAGUGCGAUCAUCAGACGGACGGGCCUCACUGUGAGGUGUGUGCGGCUGGUUAUUUCGGUGAUGCCAAGAAUGGUGGAAAAUGUGAAGCUUGUCAAUGUAACGGUCAUGCGGACACAUGUGACGCUAAGACUGGGGUCUGUGAUUGCUUUGACCGCUGGGUGACUGGGGAUAACUGCGAGAGAUGUGACGAAAGAGGUACUUCCACAGUGAUCGUUGGUAACGCGACAAAUGGUGGUCACUGUUACAAUAAACUCAACAGUAAUUUUGAAUACACGUUCAAUGUGUCCAACAAGACAAGAAUAAGCUUCCUCAACAUUCCUACCAAGGACGACAUUGAUGUGGAAAUUAGUGUGAGAGUCAAAGAGGGCAAAUCUGCUUUAAUGAAUUUGUCGUUCAGCUCAGACGUUCGAAAAGAAGAAACACUGGCGCACUCUCGCAAAAUAGGCUCCUACGAUCAAACUUUCUCAUAUGGCGCCUUUCCGUUUGGCGGCAGGGACAAAUUCACCUUUAAAGUUCACAUAUAUGACAUUAAAGGUUUCAUCACCCUUGAGAUUUCGUUCAUCCAGAGUCCUAAGUUCCUGAUUCUCAACUUCUUUAUUACGUUUUUCGCGUGUUUCUUUUCCCUUCUGUUCGUGGUUGCCCUUGCGUGGAAGAUCAAAGUCAGAUAUUCAAACUAUGUUAUGGCUCGGCAUCGUCAUGAAGAAAUGAAACUAAUGGCCAGCCGACCAUUUGCGAAAGUGAGUUUGGCUCUCUCAGAGGCAGGGCAACUAGAAACAAAGAAGAAACCACUGUCGGCUAUCGCUAUCCAACCAACGGAAAAUCACGAAGCUGACGUGGGAGUGUUCAUGAUGAGAUUACCGGGAUCAGAAAAUGGCUUCACUCCUGUUGGUCAAAUGGGUGUGUGCUGUGCAACCGCACUGAUCACGCGUGGGCAAGUGACUACCCAAGGUCCUAACUUUCCUACGAUACGUGGAACAAUUGUUAAGAGAUCUAGUAUGGUCAGGACCUGUUGUAUGUAAAGAUGUGGUGGUCGUACGCCGAAUCAUGAAUCAUGAUCUGCUCUAUUUCGAAUCCCUUGUAAAAACCGCACAGCCGAAAAAAAAAAAAUUGCCCUAGCAUGAUGGGCUUGUCGGUGUCUUCUGAAAACAGUCCCUGAAAUUUAGAAGCUGUGGUUUUUAAACUUAGCAAUCUUGUCCUCGUGUUCCUAAUUAACCGAAUCGUAAAGGUCUCAGAGGCAGCUGGCUUUGAUUAGGGGCUUAUUGUACAUCAAUGAAUUUUUUUCCUAGGGUCAUCAGAAAUGACUACUGUAUUUUUUACGGAAUCUCAAAGUGAGGUUGCAUAAAUACACGCCAAUAUAGAUCAGUUUAUAAUUAUUUCUAAGUUACUAGAGAUGAGCCUGGUCAGGUCGUUAAUUGAUUCCCUUACGACAUUGGCGCGUAUGACAACAGCCCUCUGAAGCUAGAGAUGUGAAGCUAGAGAUCACAGUAGACAUUGUCUGCCAUGUAGGUUACCAGUUUUACGCACAAGGUACCCAAGAAAUUACUUCUCAGGGCUUGUUAUUCAAACAAUAAAUCAUAGAACCAUUCCAAAACAAAAGUUAAGGACAUACAAUAUAGAUAAAGGGUUCACGUUUGAUUCUCGUCUGUGAGAUCCUUAAGAACGUGAUAACUGCCUAAACCAAGCAUAAUGUAGGUUAAAUCAUUCAAAUUGUAACCUCUAAAUGACGUACUCUGUCGAAUGAUUUGCUUUAAGAUUUCGGCUGUUUAUUAAAGCGUCGUGUUCUGACA